CAUAAAAAAAACUAGGUACCUACGAACCACAGUAUGAUUAAUGUUUUGUUGUUUUUUGGUUUGGAAUUUGCAAAUAGACUCUAAAAUUUUACUUCGAGAAGGAAAUCAAAUAGUUUAGUUAGGUAUUUUGUGAUUUUUCUUGUGCUGUAGUUGGAAAUAAUACAGUCAUGGAAGUGAAUCCUUUAAAUAUAUUUUUUGUAAAGUCAGACAGUAAAGGAGAUAGGUUGCUCUUUCGAUAUCCUUACACCACAGAAAGCAAAGAUGAUAAUACCCAGAAAAAGUGUGGUCGACAUAAUCCUUAUGCAGUUUCUUCUACUGAGGAUCUCCUUCAAAAUCCUCAGUCGCAGACAUCAAAUAUUUGUCAAGGUCAGCUGAGUGGUUUCACAGAUGAAAUGCUAUCAACCUUGUUUGCGGUCAAGGCAGAGUUGUGCAACAGAAAGUUUGAGUUGAAAGUUAACGAUGUAAGAUUUGUUGGGCAUCCCACGCUGCUACCAUACCGGACCAAUAAGGAUGACACAGCUGCUAUGAUACUUAUAAAUAUUGUGUUCGCAUUACAAGCUUCUGCAAGCCAUUCUAUUGUUAAGUGUUACUAUGACUUGAGCAAAAGACUGGGAAAGGCACUUAGGCAUGAGGAAAAAAGGUGCUCAUAUUUGACUGAAGAAAUGAAAAUAAUGUUGGGUGCUCAUGAUGAAGUGUCAUCAUUGGACAAUGAGUUGAACGGUGAGAAUGAUGAAGACGAAGACAAUCCACGCCACUCUGUGAGUUCUAACACAAACAUUGUGGACAAUGGACCAGAUGGCGGGCAAAAGUCUGCGUUUCACCUCAUAUUGCAGAGAAGUACUUUGGCUAGGUCAAUGAAAUCAGUUUUUGAGGAAUUGAGUAGCACAGGUAUAGUUCAAGUACGCAUAAACAAAUGGGUCCUACUUUCGUUUUGUUUGCCACAUAAAGCACAUCAGAUACACAAUAGGGGACUCAUUAUAGAACCGGAGACAAUAGACAAAUGCUUGCAGAAGCUGAGGCCUUAUCAUGGAAUUUUGUUAUUGGUAGACCCGAAUGAGCUUCUAGCCUCAAUCCCGCUGGAUGGCAGCCCUGCUUUGCUACGGCUUAUAAAGUUGUACAGUCCCCUCAAAAGUUUGCAAACACUUGCCAUUGAAGCAGAUUUGAGUCUCACUCAGGUUUUCCAACUAACUGGCCAUUUGGUUUACUGGGCCAAAGCAACGGUGAUCUACCCACUAUGUGAAGGAAAUGUUUACGUAGUCGCUCCAGGCGCGAGUGUUCACAUUAAUUCACCACUGGUGUACGAGUUCGCUAAAGAAUUCCCUGGACUUUGUUUAUUACAGAUGCUGGGCGAGUUCUCGCUCCCGGCGCCACUGUGGUACAUCUCGCGGGGCUCGCUGGCGGGCGCGCGGCGGCUGGCGCGCUGCGUGUCGUGGCUGCUGCAGCGCCGGCUGCUGCUGCAGCUGCACACCUACGUGCAGUUCAACUCGCCCAGCUGCUGGGGCCGCGACCAGGAUGGCAAAGAGUACUUCUGUGAAAAGCACGACAUCUAUAAUCAAUCGUGCAGCGUGUCAUUCUCAUCGUUAAAUCAAAUGCAGUUAAAUGUGCCCGAGCCUGUGGAACCUAGAGAAAGCACAAAUCUAUUCCCAGACUCCGAUGAAGACUACCCAACUGAAAACAAUCUUAACCAAACAGACUUCUCGCACACAAAACCUAUAGUCAUAGAAUCGGAUUACACAAAAUUUGACAAAUUCAGUGAAGUUGACUCUGCUAACCAUUCAUUUGAUGAUGGAAUUGAUUGUGUUGAUGGACCAGUCAAAGCUAAAGAAGUCAACGGUGAAUAUGAAAGUACAGACAAGAAGAAAAUACAAGGAAAUUCAGUGGACAGUGGCAUUUCUAGUAACAUCAAUGGUAAUGGUGAAACAAAUGGAGUCAAUGGUCAUACAGAACAUGCAAAUGGUAAAGAAAAAAGUGAAGAGAAAUUGAAAGUGUUGCCAUCUAGAUUGUCUGAUUUGUCAUUGAAAGAUAAUGAAAGUGCUUUGAAUUUGAGCAGUGAUGAGGAUAAGUUUAGUGAUCAAGAAGUUUCUCCUAGACAGAAAUUGGGUAAUGGGUUCCUAAACGCUGAGAAGAAGAAUGGUGUGUCAUUAAAUCUCAAGUUACAGAGCGAGAUGAGCUUCCAACAACCGACAGUAUGGAACGUCCCCGCAAGCUGUGACGUGGUGGACGCGUGUAGAAUACCACCAGAGUCGCUCACUACGGAGUCUCUUCUCGACACUUUCACGGUCGAGGAGCGAAGUGUUCUAUCAAAUAUACCGGCCUCGAAACAAACAGACGAUUUGCUUUUGUUAGCACAGCUUCACAAAAAAGGCUACUUCCGUGGAGAGCAACACCUUGAAGAAAUAAUGUUCAUGGAAAAUGUGAGUCGAUCGCAGCUGAUGCAACUUCUGGACAAGUUCAAAGACGUGCUCAUCACCUUCGAGACUGAGGACCCCGCGGUCGCCAUGCUUUACCCCUACCAUUGUUAACGUCGUAGUUAUAUCUCUAACAUCUUUGCGUUUUCUCAGUUGCACCCUCCGUUAAAAUGCUUCGCGCCCGGUGUCCGCUUCCUGAUUUUUUUAUAAAUAUAUAAUAAAUCAUGACCGCACUCACAUGUAAAUGACGCCAAACUAUAUAUAUAUAUAUAUAGCUAGUAUAUAAUUAUAUACUAGCUGACCCUGUUAAGGGUGGACAACCAUUAUCACUAAGGGAUAUGCAAAAUAGAUAUUAGCCGAUUCUCAGACCUACUCAAUAUGCUUACAAAAUUUCAUGAGAUCGUUUAAGCCAUUUCGGAGGAGUACGGGAACGAACAUUGUGACACGAGAAUCUGUACUAUUAUAAAGCUGAAGAGUUUGUUUGUUUGAACGUGCUAAUCAGGAAACUCUGGAACUACUGGUUCGAAUUGAAAAAUUCUUUUUGCGUUGAAUAGACCAUUUCUCGAGGAAGGCUGGAUCUGGAAUUAUAAGGAGCGAAGAAAUAAUGGAAUAUGUGAAAAAAACGGGGAAAAUAAUUCAUCCUUGAAGGCUUCAAUGAUGCCCAAAAUAACUAUUCCACGCGGACGAAGUCGCGGGCACAACUAGUUUUAUAUAAGAUAUAGUAAAAAAAUUUGAACAUUUAAUUUCUUUUUAUAUACAGUACAACAGUUAAUAUUCUUUUCAAUAUUUUCCAUGAUUGUUUAUUCUUGCAUACAUUUGUAUCUGUCUUUCAAAAAUCAGAUGUUUAAAAAAAUUAGCUAAUUCCUAGUUUUUUCAUAGUUUUCUCCCAAUAUCUCAUUAACAGUAUCGUGAUACAUAAUCUAUUUUACUACAAAAGUUGUCAUUUGCAUAGACGUAUAAACAACUAACCCCCAAUAUAGACAAACCAGCUGAAAAAGUGUCCGUUCCAAAUUCGGCCGUCCUAACCGGGCGAACUUGGACUUUUUUUUUAAUUAAAUUAUUGCAAUAAAGCUCAGAGCCACAAUCCUCAAAUAAACAAAACUACUCAUUCACAAUGAGAAGUGUAUUUAUUGCAAUACAAUAAAAUUUUUAUUUUAAAUGGUACAAAUUUUUUAAAUGGCGAAAAUAGUUGAGGAACGUCAUAUCAAUGAUAGAAAAAUCAAGCUAUGUUACACUUGAAAUUUGAACAAUAGACAUGAUCGAUGAACAUUCUAGAGAUAAAAGGAUGUUAUAAUUUUAUAUUGAUUUUUAAUUAUUCUUUGGCGUCCCCAGUAAGGCAUUUCGUUAGCUCUCAAUUAAAAUUGUUCCUAUUAUUGGUACAAUAAAAAUUACUAGUAAAAAUGUAUUUCGCUUUUAUCAGGUUAUCCAGGAUUUUUAUUUAUGUUCGAAUGGCGACGAUAGUCUAUAUGUUUUUAUUCAAAUUAUCUGUAAAUAAUAUAUGUAAGCUUUUUAUGUAGAUAAUUUGUAAAGACAAUGAAAGCUAAAUAAUUAAUAAAAUGCAGCCUAGAAUAUUUAUCCUUUUUUUAUAAAUGAUGCUUAUGUAAAUUGUUUAAAAUAAAUGUAUAUUUUUAGUUAGUUUUGGAACAAAAGAAAAUAUUAAACAUGUUUAAACCUCUAUUAUAAUAUAUACAGUAAUAUAUGGUACGCACUAAAAAUAUUUAUCGUAAGGGAAGACUUUUGUAUAUUUCACAUUCACAUUUUUUACGAAGUUUCAAUCGGUGUAUUUUUUAAUUAUUAUGUAACCUUUAAAUAAAUAUUUAUUGAAAAUA